AUGAAGCAUGGCAUCGCGUUUCGCAAAUUCUCGAGAACGUCCUCGCACAGGAUGCUCAUGCUUCGCAAUCUGGUGACAUCUCUCAUCGAACAUGAACAAAUUAAGACUACCCUUCCAAAGGCCAGGGACACUGCACGUCUAGCAGAAAAGAUCAUAACCAUGGCCAAGAAGGGCGACCUCCAAGCGUACCGACGCGCAUCCGGAUUCCUCCUGCAACCUCAACUCACUCCCAAAGUGUUUACCACGCUGGCAAAACGCUACGCAGGCCGCCCAGGCGGAUACACGCGCAUUCACAAAUUCGGCCACCGCCAAGGUGACAACGCACCACACGCUAUCCUUGAGCUGGUGGACAAUCCGAGAGAUUUGAAGUUUGAGGUGACGGCGCGUGCGGUCGGUUGGGAGUUGCUUUCGAGCAAGCUUAAGACAACGCCACCUCGUACCCUCAUCAACAACGGCGUACAUGAUGUGGAGAAUGUCAUCAAACAGGAGCAGGGGUUAGGUAUAAAGGAUUCAGGUGACCUGCGGCCGACAACUCGGUGGAAUUUGCAAAAAGUGCUCAGAUUCAGGCCAGACGGAGCCCUUCAGACGCUGGGAAAGAAAGCAGAGGAGCAUAUAGAUACGCUGCUGGCGAAACCGGUCGCCGUGCAAGCCCUGCGUGAAAAGGUAGAGAAGGAAGACGCUGACGCCGACCAACUCUAUUUUCGAGAUAUCAAGGAUUUGAAGCUCAAAGCCGGAGAGACGACCCCUGGUAAUACAGGGAGUGCGCUCGGGUUGGCGCAAGGUCACCUUGGCUGGACACCUGGACGAAAGCUACGAUGGUUUGAGAGACGCAAGCUCGGACUUCAACGAUCGAUGGACUGGUCGCAAUUUUAG